AUGUCUUGCAGGGAGGCCUUGGCGGCCAAGGAUGCUGCCACCAAGCAUCCGGACUUCAACAUCGUGGACAAGGUGGUCCGUGCCGUAGCAGAGAACCUUGGUCGCUCCUCUGUUAAUCACUCCCGUUUUCAAGAGCUUCAGGAGGUCAUUUGCGAGACCCACCUCGAAGUCCAAGGCAUCAAGGACGUCCGAUGGUUGUCUCGUGGUGACGCCAUCCAGCGCCUGGUGAAAGUGUUUCCUGCAGCAGUGAUGGUCUUGCACGAGACAAACCAGAAGAUGUAUCAAGUCGUUACGAGCUACAAAUUCCAUUUCUUGCUGUUUUUCCUUGCUGAUGUCGUGAAGGAGCUCAACCUUUUCAGCUUGAAGUUCCAGCAACGGCAGGUCGACGCAACCCAUGUGCGGCCGAUGGUGCACAACACCACCUUACUGCUGCGCACACGUUACCUCGACAGCGAUGACGAGACUUUCGGCCAGGGUGGAGACGCGUUGGGCCCAUUCCUCGACAAGCACGCAUCAGGGGAGUUCCGUGAGGUCCUCGUUGCUGGCACAGCUUCCGACGGCACAUCGGUCAGCCAUCGAUACCGACUGCACGAGGAGAAAAUCAAGGGGCAGAAAAGUGGUGUGGACCACCAAGCGUGUUUGGGGCUGGCGCGCGAGUUCAUCACGACCUUGGUUGGUCGGCUCGACUACCGCCUCAAGGACCUUUCACACCUCGACGGGGCGAAGCUGUUCAAGCAGGGAUUGUAUCCCAAGAACCAGGCAAAGCGUGAGCGCAGGCUAGGCCAAUGGCUCCAGUCUCUGCGCAACAUGUUCAAGAAGAGGCCAGAAGACCCUGAUACUCUACCAGGUGCGUUAACUGCCGGGGAUGUGCUGCUAUAG